GUACAGCCAUGACAGCUCAGAAACCACACAGGACAACAUUGAAUUCACUGCAACAGACGGGACCAGCUCAGUCAUUUUUGUCUUGCAAGUGAUGGUGAAGCCCAUCAAUGAUGAGGUCCCAGUAGUCGGCGCAGGUUUGAAAGCAGGUCUCAGCUGUGCAGAGGGGCAGGAAGUAGUCCUGACCACAGAGUACAUCUACGCCACUGAUAGAGACAGCGACAACAGCAGCCUGUCCUUCCUAAUUGUGCAGCAGCCGCUUCACGGUGUGGUGCUGAGAGAAGGUGCAGUGGUGGACCGCUUCAUCCAGGCAGACAUCACUGCAGGGAUCGUCACAUAUAAACACACAGAAGUAGAGAUUGGACUCGCUCCUCGCCAUGACACCGUCACCUUUGUCAUUUCUGAUGGAGAGGCGGAGACGCUGGCUUUAUGCUGCAGUGGAGGGAGUCCUGUCAGGACCAGCAGCACCGCUCACCUGAGGCACACUCUACCCGUGUACGACCUGCACAUCACUGUGUUUCCUGUUGACAGCCAACCACCUACACUAGAAACACCAGACAUCUUCAAAGUGAAUGAAGGUGGGACGGCCCCGAUUACUGUGGCUCACCUGAAAGCCUCCGACGUGGACACGGUGCUGGACGAGCUGGUCAUCAGCCUGACCUCCCCCCCUCAGUUUGGCUACAUUGAAAAUGUCCUCCCCAGUCCUGGAUUUGAGAAAAGCAACACAGGAGUGAGCACAGCUUCUUUUUCAUACAAAGACAUCACUGAGGGUCAUGUCAACUAUGUGCAGUCCAGACAUCAGGGGGUGGAGCCAACAGCUGACCACCUGAUGCUCUGUGUAUCAGACGGCAAACACAGCUCCGCCCACGUCUCUUUCUACAUCAUUAUAAACCCCACAAAUGAUGAAGUGCCAGAGCUGGUGGCUCACAACAUCACAGUACAAGAAGGACAAAGGAAGCAGCUCGACUCGUCCGUCUUGCAUGCGACGGAUCUGGACAUCCCCAAGAACGUGUUGCUCUUUAGCGUGGCCACACCCCCUCGACACGGCAGCAUCAUCGCCCACAGCAGCGGAGAGCGAGAGAAACGAGAGGCCCAGCAUCAGCUUCCUGUGGUUGCCUUUACUAUGGAGGAUCUUAUAAAUGCUGUGGGUGUGGCGUACGUGCACGACGACUCUGAGAGCGUGGAGGAUAGCUUCACCAUCCAGCUGACUGACGGACGGCACCAAGUCCUGAAACAGGUGACGGUUAAAGUGCUGCAGGUGAACGACGAGAAGCCCCAGCUUAUCAGGAACGCCGGACUGGACGUGGAGCCAGCUGAAAGCAGACUGAUAUCCAGCGCGUCACUGUUCGCACAGGACCGUGAUACCCCUCCUUCAGAGCUCAUGUACAUUUUUGAAAGUGUUCCAACCCAAGGACUGCUUCAGCUUAAAGAAAGUCAGGGCUGGGUCACACUGGCUGCUGGGAAGAACUGCACCCAAGAAAUGGUCGACAUGAACCUUCUACGUUAUGUAAACACGGGCCGUCGGGCUGCUCAAAGUCAGGAUUUCUUUGUCUUCCAUCUGCUGGAUGGCGAGAAUCAGUCACCCUCACAGCACUUCCAGAUCUCCAUCAAAGACCUAGACAAAG